GUUGUCUAUUGCCAUUAUAUAAUACUCUUUCCAAUUCUUUUCUAUACCUUGCUUGCUUUUGGACCAGAAACAGCAGCAGUCCGCCAUCUUGUUUUUAUAUCCGAAGAAACAAUUUGUGGGCAUCUGUGUAUGAUGCAACUUCCUGAAAAAUAGAAAGUUGCAAAAGCAAUCACGUAAUAAAAUAAACCAAUCAGAUGGAUUAGUUAAAACAAAGUGUAUACCAAAAAUAUGAAUCGUAAUUUUAUAUUAAUAUGGAAGAUGGGUGAUAAAAACAUAAAUACAAGGAAUAUAUGAGGUAAGGUGAGAUGUAGCAAAUGUCAAUGUCUGCUGAGUCUGGAAACUAAACAGAAGUCGUUCUGUUUUUGUCUGAGUUUAUGUUCCGCAUUUGUGAACGGUCACGGUGAUUGAGCUUCAUUGUAUUUUCUUAUAAUAAAGUAAUUGUCCAAUGGGGAUAGCGAGAUGAAAAGUGCAACCUCGUUGAAUAUAUUUAUUGAAGUUGAGACAAAGGAUUAGUGCACGGCGAGGUACAGUUCAACAUCAAACCAACAUUGUAUCUUUGAAGUUUGCCGGCCUUCCAGACCAUCGUAUAUAUCUUGACAGACUAUGGACAGCCAUAGACAGAUUAAAGCUAAGUAUAACUAAGAAAAACGCUCGCUAAUACCAUGGAGGUGGACCGUGGACGGUGCCAAGUUUGGAAACGAGACGCAUUUCACGUUUUGCGGAUGUCGUUGCUACCAGAAAUGGGACAGAGGGCUCCAAUUUUCAUGUCCAAAAUACUGUGAUCGCCACUAAUAUGAAAAGGUCUGGCUGGUUUGUCAGCAUCGUUGUCCUGGAUGUUAGCACAACGAUGCUCACCUUAUUCUCAAAAGUCUUCUUGACGACUUUAAAAAUAUUUGAACUUUUAAUGUGAAACCCUCCACAAUUUUUCCUUAUCGUGUUUGGUUUUCGAAAUAUUUCGACAACAAACAGCGCACAGUCUGCCAUCUUGUUGCUUAGUCAAUAUAGAUGACGUCAUAACAUGAUAAAGAGGAUUCCUGUAUUUGUGGGCUUCUGUGUAUUAUGCAACUAUAAAUAUUAAAAAUAAUCAUUUUAUUGCCAUUUCCCUUAAAGUUUCAUAAUUUUGUCGCCAAAAUUUGUAUCUCGAUAUUUUGCAUAUCAUGCCAUAUAAUAUGCACAUUACAUCUACUGUGUUGGUGUGGAUAUACACUCAGAGUAACAUCACAAACAUAUUCACCUGAGUACACAACACCAGCACAGAAAACUAUUCAUACAAGAUUAUAUUGGUAUCGAAGGAACUAGAUUCUGUUCCGAAAUAUCACUUACUCGAACCGACCUGACCGCAUAGCUCCGAGUUGGCAGAGCAUGGGCUAGUAUUCCAAAGGUCGUAGGUUCGAUUCCCACCGUGGCCGGGCAUAUUUUUCAAGCUCGCCCGGUGUGGAUAUACACUCAGAGUAACAUCACACACAUAUCAUAUUCACCUGAGUACACAACACCAGCACAGAAAAACAUUACUUUCAUUUAUUAAGUAUCUGAUAGGGUAAUUUGUUACUUUGCGAUCCUUCAAUGAUCACAAAUUAGAGCAUGGGCGUUUUGAAAAUUUCCGUUAAUUAUCGAUAUCUUAUGACGUAAUUCUUUGCUUACUUAGUCACUUUGUCGUCUGAUUGAAAGACGUUCUAAAGGAUACAGGUCAGUUGUUAUUUUAUAGUAACCUUAUAGAAAUAACAGAAGAUGUAUCAGGCCUCCAAUACACGGCCUCCUCCGCAGGCAACUCAGAGAAAUGAUGGGGGUGUGAAGUGAGGAGAUAAUAUCUCUCAUUACUGCUUCACUACCCUGCUUCACUAUCAAGCUGAUAUAAAUAUUGCGUAAAUUUCGCCGUUUUCCACCAAGUUGCCUGUGAAGGAGGAUAUACAAGGCCAAUGGCGAAAAGAGUUCUAUAUUGAGACAGUACUAAUAAGAGUGGAGGGCGGGGACAGUCGGGCACACCUACAUACCUACAUACAAAUUAUGACAUAAUCACACCUAUUAAGGCCAGAAAUAAAUCUCCAUGUAUGGGCACAAUUAGUACGGUCAAUUCUUGUCAGCGAGCAUAGAAUUUUCUUCCGCUUGAAGGUAGUAUUUUAAAACAAUAAUGUCGUUAUUUAUCCAUUAGUUGGAAAUAUGAUGUUGCCUUUUAUAUAGCCUAUAGGUCUGACAUGCGAACUGAUUUCCUCAUGCAAAGAAUGGAUGGAAACCAUAGCUCAUUCAUUCAUUACAUGAAGCUGAUGUGACCACCAUAUUUAGUGACAGGUUGCUAUGUUUAUGAUAAUUGGUUAAAAUGAAACUAGGUGUGCAUGAUAUCACAGUUUCCAUCUCUUCUUUUUGGCCACCCACACAAUCAAAUUUACGAUGCAACUAUUUUUGAAAUUUGUUAUUACGUACACUUUUUUUAUCUAUUGUAGGCAUUUAAAAACAUUUGUCUCUAUCAGCGGAAUCAAGGCGAUAUACUAAACCAGACAUUGACUCUGCGUGGAAUAUGGACCAAAGCGAGUGACUUGCAUGAUAACUCGGUAAGUAAGAUGAUUAAAUCAUUUGACAGGUUCCAGAAUUUUCUUUGGCUUUGUUGUCCAUUUUAUUCAAGAAACUACGCUUUCAUCACGUAUCGUAAAGUUAAUUCAAUUUAAUCCAUGCAGGAUGCUUUGUUUUAAAAAGAUAACAUAUAAUCUCAUGAAUGAAACCCUAAUACACCUUUCUUCUUCAUAACGUUGUGCAGGUGCAAACCUUCAAAUUACUCAUCGUUUGCCAAUGAUAUCUUGACGAGUCACAAGAUUAUAAAUUAGUAACGUUUAAAAAUAAGAAAGAAACAGUGUUGUCUAACAUUUGUAAAUUAUAAAUUGCGCAUACAAAGCGCGUUGAUAACAAAUACACUGUCCAAAUUAAUUACAGGGACAUAUAUAAUCCAACUUUGACAUUGUUAUCUUGCUUUAAGUAUUAACUAAAGUAUUAACUGUCAAUGACACUUUGAGUUGUACCAUUGGGAUCAAAAUUGGUCAAAUACAAUCCGAUUUAAAAUUGUCGGUCGAAAUCGUAUUUUCUAUCUUAGGGAUUAAAUGUUUUUUUCCAACAUUCAAACAAAUGCUGAUUGCCUUUUUGGGAAACAUAUGGUAUUGUGAAUUCAGUUUUGUAAAAAGAUAAAUCCACUCGUUGUUACUAUAAUCGCGAGUUGAAAUUUACCAGGAGUCGGCAGGACGGCAAGACUUAUUGGUGAUCAACCAACACCUUAGGCUUAAGCCAUAUUUGCGGAUCAAGUUCUUAAAUCUGAAUGAUUUCAAUAAUACUCAUACAGUCAUACAAUAACUUUGCAUUCAAUUCCAAGAAAUACAAUUUCGACUAGUAAAAAAUAUGUUAUUUGAGUCCAGCUAUAUUACGUUGACAUACCAAAACUGGAUUACCUUUUUUAUACACAGUAUAGAUACAGCAUACAGUAUUUUCUAUAUUGUAGUAGAUAUAUAAGUAGAAUGAGCAAGGCCCCCCAAGUUUUCAGAAGAUACAAAAAGUGCCCUCUCUCCGGUGGCAAAGUGCCCUUUGCCUUCGUGAAAAAUGAUGUUCAGAUUGCAUUUUUUAUGAUUGGCCUUCCUUUUCCCCCGUCACCAACAUUUCCGGGAAACAAGUUUUAGGUGCCCUUUUCAUUUCAAAAGUGGUCUGAGGUCCAUAGUUUUCUUACAGAACGUGCAUGCGUCGUUGAAUUUAAUUCGCGCAAUGAUCCAUGGGAAUUCUCUAACAGAACAAUAGCAAAGGUCUAUAAGGUGUCUAAUCGUAUACAUCUAUAAGAUGUCUAAUCCUAGACACCUAUAUUAAGACGUGUGUAAUUUUACACUUUUUUCUAAAAGAUGUACAUAGUUGUACAGACCGUCCUUUGGUGUUUUAAAAUUUCACAUGUUAGCGUGAAGUUGUCCUUGUAUGCAUGCAACAACACGCAUGCGGUCUUAACUUAUCCACAUUGGCAUGUGAACUUUUUCUAUAUCUUUACUUGAUAUUGUUAAUUCGGAUUUGAUAAAGCUUUUGUGAACGUGUCAGGUGACAGAAAAUUCCGCACAUGCAUGCAUCAUGUCGACCAGUACCGAAAAAUACUUUUCAACAUUUAUAUGCCCUAUAGGGUAUAUGUCAUUUGCAGUUGUAAUUAAAAGUAUAACGCGUUCAGAACACACCCAGAUAGGAUAAGACCUUUUUAUCCAGUUUAAUAACAACCUAGUUCCAUUUUGCACAAAACUUCCAUAUUAUACAUAUUGCACAAAACGUAAACCUAAUUACCCCUUGUAGGUACUAUGUAUAGGAAGAUUUUGUAUAACCGUUUUUGCCCCACACAUGACCCCAACGUCAUGCGUUUGACUUCAUUGCUCAUAGUUUCCUCAAGUUGAACAUGAGUUGCGUUGUCGUAAAAGAUGAUGAACACUCGCUCAUAAAAAUCGUUCAUGCGCAGUGAAACUUGUUUACCACGUCGUUUCGCAUGUUUCAAGCUGAUUUAACAUGCGCUGAUUGGCUGAAUUAUAAUUGAAACCUUCAAAUCUCCAGCGAGAAUAGACAAUGUUUUUAGCCGCAAUAUCAGUGCAUGUGCAUGUAAAUGAUGAUAUUCGUUUAGUGCACUGUGGGGGUAUUUCUAUCUUUUCUUCAUAUUGUUAAUGCGGAUCUGAUAAAACUUCUUAAAGACAAGUGAUCGAAAAUUCCGCACAUACAUCAGUAUGUUCUACUGUGAAUGAAUUUCACUUUCAUUUUCAACGGACGUAGAUGCGUUUUUAUUACCCAAAUAAUAUACAUGCCGUGAUGGGUUCUCUUCAGCCCAUAACUGACUGGUACCCUAAGUACGUAAUAUUCUAUUUUUGUUUACAGCUGACGCGCUGGUGUUAAUUUUGUCAGAUCGUUAUCACUUUAUCUCUAUGUUCAGUCUGUAUCAGUCGGCACACCCACCCCUGCAGUUAACCAUGAUAUUCUAGCUUUGAAAAACAACACCUGCUGCCAAAAGCAAUAUAGACGACUUUUGAUCAAAUCCUGUUUAUAGUUCCUAUUUCAAGACCUUUCAAAAGCUCUUUAUCUUAGCUUCGCAUCGUAUAUAAACCACUUUCCCGCACGUGCAAGACAGAAAUCACUUUGAAAAAAAGCGAGAAAGGCGCAUGAGACUGAGAGAAAAGUCGAGACAAGAUUUACAGUAUAAUACUUUGAAGCGAAAGCCGAUAUACAUACAGUAUAUCUAUAGUAUAUAUGUAAAGGUGAGUUGGUCAAAAGUCAAAGCAUGUAUUUUAAUAAUAAUUAAGUUCAGUCCUGUAUCAUAGAUACCCUGCAUGCAUGGGUAUAAAUAUAUGGGGUUAAAGAUCGAUCGAACCAAGAUUAUAGAUAAAUUACGAUCAUGCAGUAGUUUUACAAAUAUAUACUGUAUUACACCAUUUGUUAAACUGAAAUACGCAUAUAUUAAACGCAUAAACUGAAUAUUUAAUAAGUUACAAAAAAUGCAUAAACUGCAUUACAGUGAAAAUAUAAUAAAUAGAAUUUUUCUUUUCAGUCUUAAUAGACUUAGUCUUAGAUGCGUAUACUGUAUAGAUUCUAUAUUUUACCUAAUUAGAAAUUCGAUGAUAUUCAAAUUCCAUAUUGCUAUAUAUUGGUGUACAUGUAAUAUUCCCAGUACAGUACACUUUUGUUUUACUUAGUUAAUAUUAAUAUUUUUCCUCGCUUUAGGCUAUAUAUAUAACUUCAUUUCUUUGAAAAAACAGAUUAAAUAAACUUAGUCUUAUUAUCAGUCUUAUGCUUUUCAAGCUUCAGCUUUUGAUGUAUAUAAAUGAUAAAAGAUAAUAUUGGUCCGUGUAUAUAAGUACAAUGCUUGUUAUUUCAAACUUACCUUGAGUUUAAAUCUUCCUGCUACAAUUUAAUCUUAAAAAUCAAAAAUUUCCAGAAUUUAGCAGACUUGCUUUGCCUAUGUAAAAAGGAAACAUUCAAAAGGCAUGUUUUGUCGUUUUAGACUUUUAUGUUAUUUAUGAUAUAUUCCAUAAUAUAUCAGUUUCUGUAAUAAUAGUUACCAAACUUUCAAUAAUCUAAAUAAUAAGUUAAUAAUUCUAAAUUGGAUUGGCCAAUUUUGGCUCUCCCGCCAAGUUGAAUAAAAGCGUAAAAUGAUUUUCUCAUUCAUGAAAUGCCAAAAAGGCAAGAAGCGUCAAAACCGCUGCAAAAACGUGCUGACUGAUAACAAAACAACAAGAUAGCGACAUCAAGGUCUGUAUACCAUUCAAGAACAUUUAGUUUAUGUAGGUAAUGAUUUAUCAAUAGUGUUAGUAAUAGUUCGAGAUCUGUCGCCAAAAUGUAACUGAAACUUUAAUGAUAGGGUUGUUAGUAUUAAACUUUAUAUAUAAAUAUCCUAAUUCUUUGCACCGCAUGAUAUUAGUAUCUUACACAAUGCAGAUAAUAUGUCUGACUACAAGAAUAGUUCUGUUUGGUAUGCAAUUUUCUUAUCAUAAUUCUUUAUUAAGUAUAUAGAUAUAUAGGCAAAACGCUCAUGUAGGUAGGGAUUAUCUUCCUUCUAGUUCAUGCUAUACCGCAAGUGAAACAAGGAGUUCUGAUAUAUCACCGUAGUCGUAGACGCAAUUAUUUUAACUAAUUUUGUCUAAGUGAAAGGGGAGGGAUUAACGGAAUUACAACAGGGUAAACAGCUAUAAAGAGAUGGUUAAUUUCAUUGGGAAAACAGCUCUCUAGUUUCUCGCGAUUUCCAACACUGCGACAGACGUUAUAUAAUCAAUUCGUAUCGAAGUAAUCAUUAAUUAAGAACUUCUACGAACUUCUGUCAAAAUUGUCUUGUAGGUACUUUCCUAAAGUGUUUUGAAUUUUCUAAAUAAUUGUUUUACUUAAGUUAUUUUUAUAUCCGAGCAGAAUAAAUCGCUGCUUGACUUCGGUUUCAUUAUGAAGUGACUUAUAAAAAAUUUGUUGUUCUAAAAACGUCUGUAAAAAAUUAUGAAACAACUGUUCAUUCACGUCAUAUAUCACAAUCUUAUAUUCUUGGAUGAAAUUUCAUCCGCUAUCACUUGUCACAGUACUGCUGUUGAGUGACGAGCUGUCAUCACUGGGACCUCCUUUCUGCCUUACUAGCCUGACCCUGAAUAGCCUGCAAAUAGUCAACAGAAGGAAUCUAUUGCGAGCUUCAUUGACAUUGUUUCAUCGCUUUCUAGAACGUGUCUAACGAAAUUGGUUCUAAACAAGAGUAAAGGGCAAAGGUAUAUAUUUCUUAUGCUGUUACGUUAUAAGUUAGAACAUUUUUACAUCCUAUCUAGUGUGUUUUCUUAGCUGUUCAUUCAAGUGUUAUAUCAAAAGUAUUAUGGUUUAUGUAGACAUAGGCACAUAUAGCUUAUAGUCUAAAACAGUAAAGUAUGUCAUAUAUAAUGAGUAGUCGUUAUUCGCCGCGAGCGAAGUUUGAAGACCGUCCUAGGAUGCGGAGUGUGAAAUUCUGAUUGUUCAUUUUCUGUGUGACAAAUGAUAUUGCUUAAAUUUUCUGCGUUUUUAGUCGUGAAAAACUGUUAAGUUUUCAGAAAAUUGUAUCAUUUAUAUUUCAAACAUGUAACACUCCGAAUUCUGGUAUUUGCGCACCCGUAUAUCUGAUGUAUUUAAGUAUGUUAUUUGCUUACCACGCGACUAUUAAUAUACCGGCCCAGACAGCCUGAGUGAAUCAUAAAUCUUUGAGGUUGCUUCAUGAAACUUGCUUCAAUGGCCGCACAUAACUUACUGUAUCUGCAUUAGAUUAGUUUGCGCAAGGUUCGAUAUUUGACUUAGUGAAAGAUAUCAAACUCUGACCAUUUUCACUGAUCUGGACAAUACUGUCUAGACUGAGAAGAUGAGUAAGUUCAUGUCAGUGAUAGCAUUCAAGUAUUACAAAAGCAAUGUGUGAAUUACUCUGUUUUUGGUAUAACUAUGGUUUCCACAAGAACUGAAAACUGUAUGUAUAUUUAAAUUUCAUGGAGAAGUCUCAGUAGCUAUAGGCCUACUUCUUCCUACUGUUGCUCGUGCAGUCAUGACGCAAAUAUGCUGGCAUGUGGUUGCGAGGAUUUACCUUUGGCCGUGGACUCUAGGCUAUAUAGUGCCUGUCUUAUCAAGUCUAGUUUGCAAAUUUUUGGUCUGUGUUCGACAGCCCCAAACUCGGACCGUGUUCGCCAGCCCAAUUCAAGACAGUGUGUUAACUCAGACCUAUACGAAGCGGAUAUGCGUUUAUAGCACGAUACUCGAGUGUGGGAUAUCCCAUAAUGUUUCAGUGACAGACAGAGAGUGACAGAAAACUGAGUUGUGUAUGGUCAACGGCGGCAAUUAUUUUUCAUUUCUCAAUCAUGUGUUAGAACUGAGAGUACUGUGAGAUGUGAAUUAUUAUUUAUAUAAUUGCCUACAUUAUCUGCGACUAGUGUAGUUAUACUUGCGGUGGUGUAUUGUUUCAAUGGCAUUUUAUGCAGCGAAAGUAUGCAGGAUUGGUGUGUUUUUAUACAGUGCGAAGCUGUUUCAUCUGUUUAGAAGACCCCAAGAAGUCGUACCCCUGGAGGGUAUAUUUCAUUAAAAUAAUAAAUAAAUUCGGCCGUUGACCCUUCACCAAUCGUACUGUCGUAAACAAAUUAUGAUCCGUGACUACAGUCAGACUUUCCAUGUGAACUUUUUAUCCAAUUCACAUAUACCUCAUUCUUUGUAUCCGAUUUGUUAAUGCUAAAUAUCCUAUUUCAUUCAUAGAGCUCUAUGACUAUAUAAAUAUAAUACACUGUUUUAAAACUUCAUUCGCUUUUCGAAACUAUAAAGACUGUGUAUUCUGUAAUUCUGAAAAUUUCGUUCUCGCACAUAAUCGGCUUACACUUCCCAGGCAAAGCAGAUUGAAUGGCCGUUUAACCCUGCCACGCUUUUUAUAGCAAUUGAAAGUAUUCGUGCAACCUGAAAGUUGGCUUUCUUCCAACACCAGAAACUGAAGGGACAGGGUCAAGAAAGAAACUACAGAAAGAGUUUUAUAUUAAGAAGCGAGGAAGUUUUUAAAACUUUUAAUUAAAUAAAUAAGGAAAGUGUUAAGUGUACCUAAUCAGUAAAUUAAGCCUAAAGGAAACGUUCACGUUUAUAUUCUUUUCAAAAUGUAGCUAAUGUUUCAGAAUUGAAAAUUUAUCCGUUAAAUAAGAAACAUGCAUGACAGCAUACUUGACCAUUCAGAGCUAUUUGCACGUGCAUGCGCACGUCAUUUUCACAUUUCGGUUGACGACAUAAAGGAAAAAUCACCCGAAUUUGACAUCAAAUUUAAGAUGUAAUUUAAGGUUUAAAGUUAAACAGAACUUGUCAACGGUGAGAUAAUAAUAUUCAGAUUAUGAUUGGAAAAAAUCUACAAUUGCAUUUACAGUCAUCUCUGCAGUAUCUAUGAUUACGUAACAUCAGUAACUAUCAUAACUUAUGUCACCUCUUCUCAACAUAUACAUGCAAGUUUAACAUUCCUCUCAAAAUACAAUAUCAACAGGUUGUAUAUUUAUAGGUUAGAUGCGUCUGCAAUGUUGCAACACUUUUCAUGGAAACCCGAACCUCCGGGCCCACCUCAAGUUCGCAAAUGUUUGGACUGAAAAUUUCAUUGAUAUACUGUAUAAUAGUUUAAGGACUAUCAGAACAAUUCAGUAAAUCAAGAAAAUUUAGAUACUUUUAAGUAGUCCUUAAACUAUUAUAAGUAUCUAAAUUUUCUUGAUUUACUGAAUUGUUCUGAUCUAAAUUUUCUUGAUUUACUGAAUUGUUCUGAUAGUCCUUAAACUAUUAUACAGUAUAUCAAUGAAAUUUUCAGUCCAAACAUUUGCGAACUUGAGGUGGGCCCGGAGGCUUGGGUUUCCAUGAAAAGUGUUGCAACAUUGCAGACGCAUCUAACCAUAGUUAAUAUAUGUUGAGAAGAGGUGACAUAAGUUAUGAUAGUUACUGAUGUUACGUAAUCAUAGAUACUGCAGAGAUGAUAAAUGCAAUUGUAGAUUUUUUCCAAUCAUAAUCUGAAUAUUAUUAUCUCACCGUUGACAAGUUCUGUUUAAUGUGUUCACUUAUUAAAAAUUAACUUUAAACCUUAAAUUACAUCUUAAAUUUGAUGUCAAAUUCGGGUGAUUUUUCCUUUAUGGAUUUCGUCAACCGAAAUGUGAAAAUGACGUGCGCAUGCACGUGCAAGUAGCUCUGAAUGGUCAAGUAUGCUGUCAUGCAUGUUUCUUAUUUAACGGAUUAAAAUUAUCCAUAAUUACACUAUUGAUUAGCAGCCAAAUCGUGUGGCAGUUUGAGGUAAACAGGCAAAGAUUUCUGUUAAAUUGAUUAUGCGGCGCCCUUCCGUAUACGUUUAGAAAUUGAAUAGUUGUCCGCCUUUGGGUUGUUUAUAGAGACUCGCUGAUACGUCAUAUAGACCAGACCAAAUUAGUACAUUAUGUAAAACAAAGCCUUGAAAUUAAGUUGUUUUUCACUUCAUCUUAAUUAACCUUCUGUUCCGCAAGAGCUAACUAAUAUGUAAGCAGUAAGGUAUGUAUACUGACUUGUUUGAUGUAUAUACAUGGAAUUAAUAUGAGUGAAUUCAUUUCACUACUGACACUAUACUCACUAGGGUCUAACUUGCGUUUAUAAAAUAGAGCAGUUUCUUUACCAUAGUCAAAGAGAAUGAAAUUAGCCGGAAACAUAUAGGCUAUAGCAAUGUCAAACGUUGACAUCACAUGUGUCGUCCUCUGGCUCUGGACAUGUGCAUGUAAUAUUGUUUGGAAAUUUCAGUGUGAGCUACAAUGCUCAAUAUACAUGUAUUUUCGCGUUUUUCCAACCAAGAGUGGGAAAACUUAUGAGUUAGUAGUUGUAAGUAACUUAGUUCAUCUUAGUUACUGACCUUAAUCAUGUUGUAUCAGAUUAAAUGACAACUGACACUGUUUUAUAAGAUUGAAAAACCAAAAGUGGAUCUUUUGACAACAAAUGAUUCAAACUUGGAAGUGAUUUCCUGUAGUGAAAUACUGAAAUUUUGUUGUAUUUUUCACUUCGACAUGCAGAUAGAUAGAUGGGUUUCAAAAAUUCGUCCGGGCUUCCGAUCUGAAAAGUUUCAAGGCGUUUAAGUUGAGACAGUAUAUCAAGUGGAGUAUAAGAAUUGAAACGUAUAGAAACAGUCAUUUCAAUUAUAUCCUGUCAAUUAUGUAUACAGUAGAAUGUCGCCCGAUUACGGUUAAUACUAAGAUAGAGGUUUAAAUACGAUGUAUAAAGUAAAAGAGAAAUAGAAAGUUCCGAAAUGAAAACAUGUGGCACGAAUGCAUGCUUGCCAAAUUAUAUGUCUUUCAUUAAUGUUACAAAAACAAAGUUCAUAUUGCCAGAUUUUUCUAAUAUAUGCACAUAUAAACUAACCUAAUUAUAUUAAUCUAUUUUGUUGGUGUGAUCGAUUAAAAGUUGUUUUAUACAAGAUUAUAAGUUUAGAAUCAUUGCUUACUUGAAACUUAUUAGCGUAUAGCAUUGUUUUUUGUAGAUCACAAUAAUAUAAAAUUAAUGCAUGUUCACUGUCUAAUUGUGAAAUGAACAUUUAAUUGUUAAAAAUUAUACUCCCUAUGUUAAUUAUGACUAUACAAUGCCUGUGUCUCUCACACGCUGUUAGGUGAAGUUAAGCAUAUUAUAUUUAUAGCAAGUAAUUGUUUUUGUAUUCUUUACGAGAGAUAUUGGCAUUGCCAUUUAUAGACCGUUUUCCAAAAACGGUUGCAGUCAUUCUUUUUUCUCCGGAAAUUAAUUUCAACCAUCAAUUUCGCUGCCGCCUUAUAUAGGAUACUUCAAGACUGCAAGUUUUACAAAACCUGAAAUGUAAAACCAUGUAUUCUCUUUGAGAAAUUAAAUCUGGCGAAAAAUUAAAUACCGCAGUUCGUGCUAGAUUUAGCAAAGAAAACUGACUGGCCUCGUUUUGGUGCUCCGUUUUUUAUAUUCCAAAGCCCAGGGAUAUAAAUUUAUUUCGCGCUUGCAUGGAUUGUUUUCAAUUCAUCUUGCACCUUUGCACUUUACUUAAAAUAGUAGACAUUUGUAGCCUGGUAAUGCAUAAAAUAUAAAUGCAAAAUUGUGGCGGCUAAUUUUCGCCGAAUCAGUCGGUAUAUAUAGGCUAUACCCAAAAUUAGUUAGCAUGCGGCAGCUUAUAUGCGGUAAUGUAUACUGUGAACUAUGCUAGAUUUAAAAAAACGAUGAUAGGAAGGCGGCCUGGAUUCGUGUUUCUCCAUGUUCAGUCUCAAUUUUUAGGUUUUUAUUUCUUAUUAUAACUAUUUACUUAUUUUUUAUUUGUUUUACCGCUGACCAGCCGCCUUGUAAUCUUCUUUUAGAGGGGUUAGGUGAACAGGAAGAUAGAUAGAUUGCGCUAAGUUCCGGCUAAGCUCUGAUUUCUUUUCGUCUGCUACUGGUCAUCUGGCAUAAAUUGCGUCAAGUUUAUGAAUUGUGAAGUAAUGUGUUCAAUUCCCACGAAAUUGACGAAAGGCAGACGUCUGUAUCAUCCUGCCUCCCCCUGAUAGACUUGUGAUAAUAUUUAUUUUUUGUUUGAUCAUGUUUUGAACGCGUUGUUUAUUAGUUAUAUAAACAUAUUAUGGAACAUUCGAGUUAGUCGAUUCAUUAGCAACAGUUUUUGUGACCACUCACCAAGUCACAAUGUAAUUAUCGUUUUACCUUAACGUGAAACACCUUGCGACGGUGUCUGAUCACACAAAAUUUACAGAAUUAUUUCUAGAUAACACAGCGAUAACACGGGAGGAAAUGUUUACAUUGGAGUAAGUAAACUUAAGGAGAUUAACAGCAAACACAGGAUGUCUCUUACUUUAUAUGUUUACCAUCUGAUUAUAAUUUCAACUUAAACUGCUUAAUUGUAUGGUAUAGCAACCCAUAUUGUGAAUCAUAAAUAAUAUAUUAUUGAUACAGCUUGUUUUUAUAUUGAGUGAUGAACACCGCUAUCACAAAAGUAACUGUUAUAUAUUAAAUUGAUUUCAUGCAAUCUUGAGGAUCACCACACAUUGGGUAUUAUUUUUGUCGCUUAUUUAACCACACGAGAAUUUCUAUGUCUACCAGCAUGUCCGAUUUGAAGUGUUUAACUUGAAAUAUGCGAAUUAUGAAGUAGGUUUAACUUUGUAUGACAGUCUUAGAUAAAGAUCGGUUGUUGUUUGAAGAGGAUGAGUCGCGGAAUUAAAAUAGUUUAAUAAUAAUGUUUCCUGUUGAACUGAUGUAGUGCUUAAGGUUACAGGACACCCUUUUUGGCGUUUUGUGGAAAAUCGCUACUGCGCGCUCAAAAUCAGUCCGAUUGUCAUCAAAUUUUCACCAAAUGUUAGCCAGUGCAUGCAAAAUAUGAUAAAGUUGUAAAAUUGACAAACAAUAAAAUAAUGUAAGAAUUAUUCAGGAAAAUAUUCAGUAGCGGUACCUUUACACUUUUGAGUUAUGUUCCUGCUGGUUUUAAGAUAUAUUUAUGAAAAUAUCAUUUUUAAACAGUAAAAUAGUUGUUCUAAAAAAUUGUUUUCGGAAAUUUUUGUUUAUUUCGUCAUUCCGCUGAUAUGGCGAUUUCUUUGACGACUGCAAUAUAUUUCUGAAUCGUUUGUGUGAAUUGCUCCUUAUUAUUAAAAUAUCCAAAAUUAGAAAAAAAGCCGAACACAAUUUUGAAACUGACGUCUUUAGCUAUGUCCUGUGAAAAUUUGAGAAAAAUUCGUUAAAACCCGCAGGAGCACAACUCGUUUAAAAAUCAGUAAUUGCCGUAAAAUUCUUCGCGAGAAAAUUGAAUUUGAAUAUUACAUUUUCAAUGUUUUUCUUAUUGCAAGCGAAAUGUAUUUUAUUAAAUAACUCUGCGAGUUUUCAACAUUUUUCGUCCAAACUUGGUCAGAUAGUAGAAGUAGUCCAAUGCUUUCAUGGAAACCAAUAAAAAAAUUUUAGGCAAAAUUAACACUCAAAGGUGUAACCUUAAGGGAGGAAGCGCAUAUUAUACAUAAUUAAGUGGAAAAAUUGCAAAGUAUGAAAUUUUAAAUAUUUGUGCAAUGAUGUGCGCUAAGUGCGACGUCUAUAAUGCCAGACGUGCUUCCUCCUCAAGGCAAGAUUGUUGAUAUAUCUGAUACAGUUGUAGUGUUGAGAUCUACUGUCAUGCAAAUUUCACUGCAUAAGAAAAUAGUCUACUGCAUAAUGUAACUUUUGUCUUUAUAAAUAAUUAUUUAAAAAAGGAAAUGGUUUACAAACACCCAUUUCCUAAUUUUUCUAAGCUGCAUGCUUUAAAUAACGCCGUUUUUCUGCGAUAUACGGAAAAGUUACUUUACAAGUGGUGUGUAUAAAAGGUACAUCAUAUUUUUUUAUAUGUUGCAGAUACAUGACCAUAUAUUUUACCUUAUUAAAGUUGGAAAUAGUCACUGUUGGCGUUGCUAUAAUUGAGGAAUUCAUAUUUUUACAUUUAGUUUCCGUUUUUGGAUUGUAAAAACGGAAAAUUAUCCAACGUACAACUCUGGCUUGAUAGGAUAUAACAGAAAUUUACCCCUGUCAAUAAAAUGGCAGAAAUUAUGAAAUUAUCAUAUCCAAUGUAAGGUUACAGUCUGUGCUUUAAUUUUUUUUUCUCCCCCAAACCCAGAGAGCCUGCCACGCAGGCUAGCUUUAUAUCGUCUAUACGAGAUACAUUAUGCAAUCAACAUAUUCUUCUAAUUAGAACAAAAUCUCGACUUGAUAUGGCAAUUACACGCCAUCUCGUUGUGUCUAUAUAUGAUCGAAAUAACAGUAUCUUGAUGUGUCAUGAUGCACAUUUGACCAUGCCUACCCUCAUCAGAUCAGAGUCCUGUAGUCCUGCAUGCAUAGAUAAUGAGCAUGUUUAUCCUCGGUAUUCCAACUGAUUGAACACCAAUAUUCAUGCUGAGAUCAUAACUUGUAACACUUGUGAUUCACAAGCUGACUCGCCAUAAACACCGUGGAUGAUUGCACUCGUGUUCAUCUUAUUUUGAUGCCAUUUAGUUACAUACCAGUUUCACUCAGUGCAUGCAUUACUAGAGAUGCUGCAAAUGACUUUCCUGAGGUUUGAAACUGAUUUAAGUAACGCUGUAGCCUACGUCAUAAUCCGUAACCACGAAAUAGGGUAUAUUCAUGACGUAAGCUAAUGACGCUGCUGCUCCAGAAUUAAUUAAUACCACCUUUUUCGUAUGCUUUCGUCUUCCACUAUCAACCGAUAUUUCGUAAAAUCAUAUUUCAAGUGAAAGGAAAUAUUAUGUCACGGGAUGUAGAAACGUAGAUGAAUAAACCUAUUUAAUACGAAAUAUCUUAAUAUCCAUUGCAACGCAAGAAAACCUUGCAAUUUUUCACACAUGAAUGAUUCCCGUCAACGUCUUGUUUGCUUAUUUUCACCGGUUCUUACGUAUGGUUUUUCUUGGCCUUGCCUUUUUCUGUGCUCCAGUCUCCAGAUCCUCCACUAUGUACAUUAUUUUCUUCCUCAUUCCUUCAAAACUUUCUCCAGGUGUCAUAUUGAGGGAAAACGUCAAUAGGCCCUUUGCAGCCGGCCUAAAAACACUUUGCAUACCAAAAUCUGGAGGGCAAGAAAAAUGCCGUGCUUUGUUUUACUCCUUUGUUUACAAAUCCCACACCUUUCCAUGUUCUCCAGUCACUUAUUGUUCUCAACUAUUUUAGUUAACUGCAAAGAGCUUAUUAAGUUAUUUACUUUUCCUUAUUAGCAUUAAUUUUCUCCAUAAAUUCACCUGCCAGAACCAAUUCCCCUUUCAAAACGUUUUGAUAUUAGAGCACAAACCGUCCUCCAUUUCGUUUUACGUUGACGUUUGUUAAGUGUAACUUAAUCUAUUUCAACUUGAUGUUACGAUCAGUGGCGUAGCCAGCCCAACAAUUUAGUCAGGCUAUGCAAAUUCAAAAUUAUCAUUAUUCAUUUCUUUAGAAAUUGAUUGUUUUCACUGUCAAUGAAAAGUAUAAUAUUCCUUAAAUUAAGUUCAAAUUUCUAGCAUUCCGCUAUAACAUUUUUUGUAAUUCGUCAUUUUUUUAUCAAAAAGUUCACAAUAAUAUUAAUGCAAACCGAAAUCACUUUAGUUUACAGCGGUACCUUUGGAUAUUUUGUGAAUUUGCUUUAAUUAAAAUGCUUUUGCAACGAAAUUUCACAUCAUUUUUUAUGAUUUCCAUUGUAAAGAAAAUGAAAAUGACCAAAAUAAGAUUCUUUGCCAAACUAUCUCAUCUUGCUUCGUGACCUGCAACGCAGACUCUAUAAUGGUAUAUAUUAUAGAGUCGCAGGCUUUAAUAUUUUUUUUUAUAUCAAAUUAUCCUCAUUAUGUCGUCACAUUGCAUAAUGACUUUCUGAAAAAACUUCAAAGUCUUGGGUAUCGUGCAUCGAAAUCAUAAAACCGUCCAUACGCAUGUGUUAUGUCAACAUACUGUACAGAAUAUGUUAUAUGUCGACAAAUAUGAAUCAAUUAUAAGAGUUAUGAAAGUUGUUUUUUUCAGAAAGCUAUUUAUGCAAUUUGACGUCAUAGCUAUAUAGUGGGGGAUAAUUUGCAUAUCAAACAUUGUUAAAUAUCUGAAGAAAGAAACAAGCUAAGAUAGUUUAACAAAGUAUCUAAUCUUACUAGUCAUUUUGAAUUUUCUUUCCAAUGCAAUAAUAAAAAUAUUGUGUGAAAUUUCGUUGCAUAAGCACUUGUGCCUCAAUGGUACGAGAUCGAGGCUGACGACGAGCUGCAAGCGACGCUAACUGGGCCUUUAUAGAUAAAUAACCAGGGGCCCUGGUUAUUAUCAUGCACUUAACAAAAUCUUGUUAAUUUAACUAUAGGAACUAUAUACAAUAGGUUAAAAAACCAGGAGAAAGUUUAAAAUAAACAGGAAAAUGAACCAACUAAUCUGCUACAAUCUAUCAUUCAAUCGAACUCACUCAGUAUAGUUAUAACUUUACUCGAUCACACGAACAGGAAUAGUUUGACUAUAGGUUGUGGCGAGUGUCUAUAUCAAAUCUAACUGUCUUUCACUGUCUGCAUAUAUCGCUUAUUAAUUUUUAUAUUAUCAGAACUCAGAAGAGACUAGGGAGUAGAGGAAAGACUCCUUCGGUGAUUUCGUUUCAUGUUUGGAUGCGGUUUUCCGACACAUUAUCUGUUUCGUGCAGAUCCCACAGAGUGCGGGGGCACGAGUGCUAUUUUGAUGUCAAUUUCACAGUCUGUGAAGUGUGGGUGUGUUGACUGACACAACGUUUCAUGAAUUUAUUUGUUGUUGGAAAGAGUUAGUGAAACAAUAGCAUCCAACGACAAUUUCAUCAACAAGAGGAAAGAGCUAGUGUAAUAAUUGAUGUGUAAAUAGCGGGUUCACAGCGUAGGUAGUGGCCUUUUAAUUGUCGGACAAUGUCGCUCCAUCGGCAAAAGAAUAAUUCUUUUGCCGAUGGAGCGUUAAGAGUAGAGUCAAUAGACCUGACGUUUCGAGCAAAGGUCGUUCCCGCUCGUUCGUCAGUGAAAUCAUAAUAUUAAUUGCUACUGUUAAGCUCAUUAUAUCGUUUUUGUUGGAUAUAGACUUUUGUAUUUAGUGAAAGUCUUCAAAGUCUACCAAACGUUGCAUGUGCAGUAAACCAUUAAAAUAUAAUGUAAUUAGUUAUGGGAAUGUUUUGCCUGCACUCAAGAUAUAGUGUUGUAGCUAAUCAAGGUAUUGCUGAUAUGAGGGCCAGGGUGACUGUUCACAAAGGUGUGUCUGGGAACAAUCGAAUAUUGCACUAUAAAUACUCGAUCAUUAAAUACUCAACCGACAUGACACUCAUCCACACAAUACAAUCUGGAUGCUCCACUAUAGAUGAGUUGAUAAAAUAUUGCACGAAAACGAUAUGAUUUCUCAUGCUAAAUAUAACGUGAUUUCUCAUGAUCAAAUAUAGUUUUUAUUUUAAAUUAAUUUAGAAAUUAUUGUGUUGCACGAGAUUAAUUUCUCACAUGAGAAACCAUUCUCAGCAAGGUCAAAAUCAUGUAAACUUGAGAAUUAAGAAUCAUUAUUAAUAAACUAACAUAUGUAUGCAUUAAAUUGUAUAGUUGACAUGCAAUUCAUUAAAUUGUUAUCUACCAAAGAUCUUCUCGUUGUCCUUGACGAGUGAAAUCGUCUGGCUUUAGAAUAAGAGUAAAAUGAUCUGGUAAUUUUUCUUGUAUUUUUCAAUAGUUUCUAAUUCAGUCGCACGAGUACAGUAUGUAAUAAAGGCAAAAAAUUGAAAAUGAAUCUUUAUCUGGUUUCAAAAAAGCCCGUCCCUGACCGUUUACUUAGGGAUAGUAUUCUUCCAUUUCUAAUUCAUACACUUGAUGUAAAUUCUCUUCUUUUCUUUUCUUCAUACUUAGUCGAAAUUAACUCGAUGCCUUUAGAAAGCUAACUGCAUGUUUUCAAUAUAUUAAUCAGUACUCACAGUAGCUUUAUUGUAGUAUUUGCAUGCGUGCGUGACUAUAUAGAUUUGACACAGGCAGUGCACAGGCCAUAGAGUUCAAGAGACACUCAAAAACUUGAAACGAGUGAUAUAUGUCAAUAUGGUAGAUGACUAUUGAUGCAUAUGUGAAAUACUAUGGUAUAAGAGUAUAGUCAAGAUUAUAAUUAAAUAUUACACCGCAAUGUCACAGUGUCACUUGCUGCAUGUGUAAAAAGAUUGUAUGGCAAUUGAUUAUCUCUUUCAGUUCUUUGUGAAUUAAGCUUAGUAUUAUAAAGUAUGCAUGCAUAUAAUCAAAGCUGCAAUGAAUUACUUUAUACUGUCUUACUGAGUCAGUGAGUCUGUCUAAUUUAGUCUAAGUGCUUGUAAUUGAUUUUAAUUAAUUAAACUUGAAAAUUGUCAUAUAUUCUGUUCACUAUAAUAGUAUAAUAAUUAAUAUACCACUUGGUCUUGGACGAUCGAAGCAUUGCGGAUAAGGCUUUUUUUUUCCGAGACGACAUGACGGACAGAUACUGCUAUAAUUGAUAAAUGUUUUUAAUUACUUCUUUAUGUUCAACAGCAUGUUGUGGUACUGUAUUGUCUAUUGAUUAUGGCGAUCAUUCGUUCUUUGACUUUGCCUUUGUGGCUUUGGCUUUGGCUUUGCUUUUUAUCGCGCUGUAAGCUUGAUGUUCUCAGGUCGUGUCGGAUGUUCAAUUUCUGUUUGGUUUCACUUGCAUGCAUGGCAGCGAAGCCGACCACCGAGUGAGAGGGACAGAAAGGGCAACUUUAAUUCGUGCCUGCAUGUGAUAAGGCCGGCCAAAACGGGGAUUGACCCUUUUUGAAUUCAGCAUCCUGGCAUAGAGGCUCUUAUAUGUAUCAUUUGUGCUGUUUGAAAAAUAUAUGGCAUCUUAAGUAACGGCCCCAGGGAAAUUUCUUAAGUAAAAUGUACAAGUGAGCGAGUAAAACGAAUGGGUGAGCUUGAGCUCCCGAGCACAGCGAGGCAACACUCCCCCCCCCCCCUAUCGCUCGGAUCAAAGAACCAGUGGCUGACACUUCGCGAAAUAUCCGGGGGGGGGCAAUUGGAUUGUCAACACAUGACCAUCUUUUGUUGCUGGAGCCUGGAAAUCUCAGUUCUGUAACCUUUUUUGCCUAAAUUCCAUUCAGUAUAUAGUCAAAUAAAUUAUAGCCUAUACCAAUGCUUUUAUGGUUGAAAAAUUAUUCUUACAGCUUAUAGUUAUUCUGCUAUCGUCAAAGGCUUUCAGAAAUUAUGUUAGCCCGCGUGGUGGGUCUGCACGCGGGCUAAAAUUAUUUAAACCAGCCGUUAUGUCAGUUGUGGCUAAUUGUCCUAAGUGUACGCGUUUUGAGAGCUUAAGUUGUGUUAAAGUGCAGCUAUAACUUUGGCCACUUGUGCAGACAUCGUAUAUAUAAGCCCGUCCUUCAUUUUAUCAGUCUUUGUGGCAAACUUUGUGCAGUUGUUGAUUUUUUCUUUCAAUGAACUGCAAAAUUGUCUGGACUAUAAUUGAAUGAUAAACCUUAAAAAUAACCAUGAGACUUUUUUGAAUUUUUCUAUCAAAUGCACGCUGAAGGUGAUGAUGCCUGGUAAUUUUUUCCACACUUGCUAAUAAAAAAACUAUAAAAAAUUCAUGACAUUUUAACUUAUCUUAGUAUAUUCACUGUGGUAUAUUGUAACUUAGCCUAAAUGAUGGAAUUAUACUUUUGAACUAUUCAGUAAUAAGACAAAGACUUUUUAAGUUAUAAAAUUAUACGUAGGCGCUCGACAUCCGAUCGACGUGCCAUCCUUAUAUGGCAAAGGGUUCCAGCAUACCAAACCAUGUAUUGAGAAUUUUGUAUAGAAAACAGGCUGACCCUCUUGACAUUAAUAGUCCCUAUUCAGACUUGUAAAUUGGUGUUUUAUUCAAAAGUAUGAAGUAUAUUUUUAGGAACCGUAGGGUAUAAAUAUUAAGAUUCCAAAGUAUAUAUUCACUUAAUCACUUAUAAAGUGGAAGAGAGGCAAAAGCAGUUCAAUUUUACACCCAUGUAAAGUAUGAGCAUUUGUUGUAUGAAGGCACGCGGAAAAUGAGAACUAUUCAUAUAUGUAUAUAUUUGGUGUUUAGAGAAAGACACUAUGCACUUAAAAAUCAAAAGGAAUCAAAGAUUGGUCGAUUAUAAAGUGUCUAUUAAAAUAAUUGGUGGGAGAUAGCUUCUUAUCGAACAAUCUAGAUUACAGAGCUCAGCGUCCUUAUAUAUAAUUUGGAACCAACUGCUCGAUUACAAUUUCUCAAUCAGAACAACUGCAAGCGUUUUCACACUAAAACGUUGACAUUGACAUUCUAUCCGGGUGUGGAAAAGCGGUACCUUCAUCGAGAUUCAAUCAUCAGCGAUAUAUAGUGCGUCAUUUUAUGAUAACUUAUAUAUGGUGAAAACUUUGGAGUUGAUCAUAUAUGCUCUUCAUUCUCUAAUUAUCAUUUCAUUUCAUAUAGUUAAAUUUCUGAACGAAAAUGAAAGAACUUCCCUUGGUCGCUGUUUUGGCCACGGUUUUCCUGCUUCUCAGCGCUAGAUCGACACAAGGUAUGUACAUGCAUGAUAUCAAUCUGUAUAUGAUAGAAGGGAGAACCUAGCUGUUAUAAAAUUUCGGGAUUGUGUAUUAUUUAGGAGUUUUACACCAGAGUUGGAGUUUGAAUUUAGGAUUAUCAAUCCAUUUUAUUUUUUGGGAUACCUUAUCUUUGUUUAGAGGAAAUUAAAUAAUAUUAUUUCAAUAUAGUCAUAUAAGUAUUCGGAGCGCAUUGUCUUAACAUAACAGAAAAGUUUGUUCUUCUCUAAUGAAGAGACUGAAACUGCAGAUCGAGAUGUGUAAUUACAACCUCUAGUAUGUAUAUAAGGUAUAAUUACAACCUCUAGUAUGUAUAUAAGGUCCCAGUUACACGAUAGUGGGCUUGUCACGACAUGAAAGCUAACGGUUACAGGAAUAUCUUAACACUUGAAUUUGAGAUGAUAAUAAUCGAUAAUAAUAAUACCGAUCACGAUUAAUCACGAUUACAUUUGACGAAGUCGAAGAGAGUUAAUAUGACAAAAUAAAACAAAAACUGUUAAAGGGGAUAAUUUUGUGGUCAGACAUUACUCCCGAACGGCAUAAUUAUGUUGAUGUCAUAAAGGUCCGUAAAAUGCGAAUCCAAUAUCGUGUAACUGCAUGGGGCCUAUAAUAUGGUCUUACUGCAACUAUAAACUAUUGCAUUUGCUUUAUUAUAUUACCCAUAUGAAGACAUGUUUUACUUUUAUAUUUUACAAUUAAUAACUCAUUAUAGUCUACUUUCAAACACUCCGCCUUCAACUUGACAAAUUAAAUCUAGCUCAUAUAUAUAUAUAUGUAUAUAUAUGAGCUAGACGUUCGCCAGGAGUUGGAAAACACAAACUACUAUAACAUAUUCAGUAUUGGACUCUAUACGUUACAAAUAAAUAUAGGAUACAGUAUAGGUUGAUCGGAAAUGAGAACUAGAAUCUUGACCAUUAUAAUUCAAGACAUUCAAGUAAGUGAUGCAUUCCUUAUUAAGUACAUAAUUAUACUGCAAAUGCAAUUCGUCGGAAAUGUUUAAUGUUUAAGGAACUUUAUAAAUUAACGCCAUGUUAAUUAUAUAAACAGCCACUUAGUCAAGAAUGCCUCCUACAAAGUGUUUGGACAACCCACUUCAUAGGCGUACCGGGCGGUGGGGGCGGUAGCCCCCCCCCCCAGUUUUUUGGGCAGUCGGGCAAUAUUCGAUGAACAGUCGGGCAAUUUUGGUUUGUUAUAAAAAAAAUGGACAAAUUCUGUCAAUUUUUUCGAAAAUUCAGUAAAUUUUAUGGUAAAUUUAGUGUUAUUUGGAAAAUUUGUCUGAUGUUCGGUAAAAUUUUGGUAUGUCGGGAAAAAUUUUUUUGACCCCUAAAAUGGUAUACUGACCGGAAUUUUUUUGGCGACGGGGGGGGUGGGGGGAGGUCGCCAAAAUGGGGAGGUCGCCAAAAUAAUUUUUCCGGAAAAAAUUUUCGGUACUAGUCGGGCAAAUUUCUGAAAAGUCGGGCAAUUUUCUUUCCGCCCACCUAAUUUUUUCCUUCCGGUACGCCCAUGACCCACUUGAUAUUCUAACGAAAAAGGUCUUAACUAUAAGACCUUGUUAUAAGUUACCAAGAACAAUAUCAAAGUUUGAAUAGUAUCAGGCAUCAUAAAUAACUAUAGUGAGUCUACAUGAAACACAUCAGACAAUCCUGCACGGAAAAUUAUUUUAAAUGUUAAAUGUCAGACAAUGAAAACAUUUUAACGUGUAAGUUAACAGUAGGCCUAUAUUAAUAUACGAGGGACAAGUUAACAAAAACGUUCAUAAAGUUAUAAUAAAGUUAAUACAGUUAACCGUUUAAAUAUCGUUUUAAUAAAGUUGACGUUUUAAUAAAGUUAACCGUUGUUUCAACCUCGUUCCCAGGCUCUUUGAAGAGCCUGGGAACGAGAUUGCCGUUGUUUCACUGUAGCUAUUUUAUAAAAACUAUUAACAAAUGGUUUUUCGUGCAAGAUAGCGUCAUCAUUCACUUGGCCAUUAUGGCCUCCCACCAAAUAUUGCUAGGAGAUUACCGAGUUACUCAUGAUCCGAGUUAUUUGUCACAUACGUAAGGCAGUCAUUUGAACGCCGGAAAGUCAAUGCAAGCUGCCCACAACCAGUGAGCUAUAUGGUGACACUGUUUAUGUACAUCUCGCGAUCUCCAUCACCUUUCGAAGAAUCCUGGUUGUUCCCAAAAGCGUAGUUUUCUGUAAUUGCCCAGUCUUUAUAGUAAUAUACAAAUACCCUCUAUUCUUUUUUCCAACUCAGUACUAAUUCUUCCCAGAGUGACAACGACUAUAGGAAUAAUUUCGACUUUUUUCAUUCACCACAGUUUUUGGAUCUCUCUUUUCAGAGUGCAUCAUACCAUUGCAGUUUCCAUAGGCGUACCGGGCGGGGGGGCGGGGGGGGGCGGCCGCCCCCCCAGUUUUUUGGGCAGUCGGGCAAUAUUCGAUUAAUAGUCGGGCAAUUUUGGGUUGUUAUAAAAAAAAAUCGGACAAAUUCUGUAAUUUUUUUCAAAAAUUUAGUCAAUUUUGGGGCAAAUGUAUUUUUUGGGAAAAUUAAUGUGAUUCUGCGAAAAAUUUGGUACGUCCGGAAAAUUUUUUUGACCCCUAAAAUGGUACACUGACCGAAAUUUUUUUGGCGACGGGGGGGGGGCGGUUGGGGGGGAGGUCGCCAAAAAAAAAUUUUCUGGGAAAAAUUUUUUGGUACUAGUCGGGCAAAAUCACGAAAAGUCGGGCAAUUUUACGAAAAGUCGGGCAAUUUUCUUUCCGCCCCCCUAAUUUUUUCCUUCCGGUACGCCCAUGGCAGUUUCUCCUCCUUAUCUGCGAUUUUAUUUUCAUCAGGACAUGCAAUUUCUAUAAUGAGACAUUUCCGUUGCUCUUUAUAGACGAGAACGGUAUCAUCAGAGGCCGGCUGUAUAAAAAAGUGAUUAAAGUUAACUAUGAUUAAGUAGUAGAUCCAAUAAGAUCCAAUAAGAAACGCCUAUUUGAGAGUUAAUCACUAUUUAACUACAAAAUAGUGAUUAAAAAGUGAUUAAGAGUUUUAUACAACCGGCCCCUGGUCUUUAAUCAUAUUAUCACAUUGAAUAAUGAAAUCCCAUGAUGUCAUGGUCUUAUCAUUUUCUCUGUUCGCGACCGGUCUCAAUCCCGUGCUUGCUGCAAAGUUCCCAAUGUAUCAUUAUUAUUAUUAUUAUCAUUAUAUAUAAUUAAAAGGGUGAUAUUCGGUCUCCCGCUACUUAGGAGCGGGCCAUGAGAAAAGUCUGCUUGUGUUGACAUUUUUUACGGAAUUUUAAAGGUAUUUUCCUUUGCUUUCCCGGCCUCUUUGCGCGAUUUUUUUUUUCUUCCGCCUUAACCGCCGAUAUGGCUCCGUAAACUCAUCCGACAAUUUAUAAUAUUUGACUGCAUAUGACUCUUAACGUGACUUUGCAAAAUGAAACAAAAUUAAAGGACAAAGAGCCAUCUGUUAUGAGUUUCGCCCAUAUUCAUUCUUCAAAUGUUCUACAUUUGUGACAACUUAUAUAAUUGCUAUUUGUUAUGAGUUUCCCCCCAUAUUCAUUCUUCAAAUGUUCUACAUUUGUGAGAGCUUAUAUAAUUGGUCUUUUUGACGCAUGUAUGUAUGUAUAUACUUUGUACUGAUAUCCCACAGACACGUUUUGGUUAUUUUCUAACUGCAUGAUUUAGACAAAUAUUUAGUAAGCAGUAAUAAUUAUGAGGACUGCAUGGAUUGGAUUUGAAGUCCAGUACCGAAUUGGAGGAUUUGAAAUGACAUCUCAUACGAAUAAAUCACUACUUAAAGUAAGGUGAAUUAAUUUUGAUCCAGUCCUAGGACUGGAUCAAUAUACUUCACCACAGUAUCCAAUCACUAAUUUACUCAUGAAUUAUUAAUAAUGUGAGAUGAAAAUAUGGAGUUCCACGCAAUGAAAGCUAUAAUACACACUUCUAGUCAAUAAAUUGUAGUCGUGAUCAAAAGUUAAAUUUUUGUGAACAAAAAAUUUUCAGUAAAAAAUGGUUAGUACAUCUGAACGAUAUGCAUCAACACUUUUUGCAUGAGAGUGCCUAUAUAUGUGUGCCAAUAAGUGUUAUCACUGGUGUUAUAAAACCGGAAUCUUUAAGUAAAUCGAUUAUUUGGUAAGAUGUGAUUUUCCACGAUCGUUCAGACUUUCACCACAAUUGAUCUGCAGGAAGAAAAAAAUAUGAAAAAAUAUGAAAGUGAUUGCUGCUUGUGCGGACCACUAGUAGUUGUAACUAAUCCAAGUUAGGCAAGUCUGUUGAUGAAUUUUCAAAAAGAUUUUAUUAUGACAGUCGUUAGGAGUAGCGACGAUCUCUAACUGAAAUGUCUUAGCUUUGUUUAUCUAAUAUAAGCUGCCAGAAAAACGACCUUGUAUAUAACUCUUAUACUGUUAUACUUUGAGUUUUAUUAAUUUAAUAACCAAUAUUUAAAAAGGACUAUAGGUAAUCUCAGAUAAUCCAGUUUCCUUCCGUUGGGGAACUUGACAGGCACUUAAAUUAAGAUUUACAGGUUCGGAAACUGAUAAGAUUCGAUUUCCAUCCGAGUAACAAACUCGUUAUCGACCACUGAUGCAUGGGGAAUAGUAUUCAAUUACCCUACACUGCAUGACGAUAUUUAAGUUAAACCAUCAUAUGGCUCCAAGAUUUCAUGAUCAAGAUCAGUUUAAUUUAGAUUUUUAGAUGUCACAAUCAUAUAUGCUGACUAGUCUAAGACUUAAAGACUGAAAUGACUAAAAGUAAGAUGCAAAGAAUAAUUAAAAGUUGAUGAAAAUACAUAGCUUGGCUUACUUCACACUUCACACCUCUAAUUUUCAUUAGGUACACUGAUGAAAUUUUGUAUAAAAAAUAGAUCCUUAAGAAUUUUCGUUAUUUUCGCAGUCCCGCAUAUUGCAAUUUAUGAAACGUUCCUUUAUAUACAAUAUUGAUUCAAGUAAUGACGACGUUGAAUUUAAUGUCAAGGUUAAUGCGUUUGUAUAGGAAUUUGAAAUAUUUUCUUAAAUAGUUCCAUCUCAAAAUGCUCCUCCUUGAGGCUUAAGCACGGUAAUCCAAAGCUUUUUCCACACACUUAUACAUGUCUGACGUAAAAAAAGCCUGCCUCACAUGCUAAUGCACUGAAUGCACCAAUAGCUGAAACCUUUGGCAUAUAGGGAGAAUAUGACAGGAUGAAAGCUCAAGCAUGCCUGCAUGGGACGACAGAUGUCCCCUUUGGAACAACUAUAAAACAUUCAUGCAUGAGACCUUGUUGCGUUAUAGCGUACUAUAAAUUCUCUAUUGCUUUUCUGAUUUCCUUUGGCUGUUUUCUGUCCGCAUGACAUCAAAAUACCUUAUUUCGAUUCAUUAACCCUUUAAUUAAGCGGCAAUACGCCCUUAUGCGCCCCACUUUAUUAUUUUACUCUGUCUGACGCCAGCUCAAUGGGUUAAAUUGCCAAUUUUGUGUAUCAAACUGGCAAGAACUUACUAAGUUUAAAGUGCAUAUGACAUGAAUUUUUUUAUUUUCUUAAAUGAAAGAACUCUUUAAAUUAAGCUGUAGUGUAACUUAUUUUUCAGUUCUUGUUUUCAUGGUUUGUUCCCGAGAUAUUUCAAUUUGUUUGGUAUGUAAAUGAGUGUGAAUAUGUCCGCUAAUUUAUGACGUCACGUUGGUUGCAAGCUCAACUUACAUUGGUUAUAAAUCUAUUAGCUCUAAGAACUGUAGAUAUCAGUUUACGUUUUUCUCCAGUAUUUUAUCACAUUUACCAGUGAGUGAAGUUAGGAAUUAUUAUCUUGGAUGAUAGCCGUGAUAUUCAACCAUUUUGAAGAGCUUGCAACCAACGUGACGUCAUAAAUUAACGGACAUAUUCACACUCAUUUACAUAUCAAACAAAUUGAAAUAUCUCGGGAACAAACCAUGAAAACAAGAAACUGAAUAAUAAGUUACACUACAGCUUAAAGAGUUCUUUCAAUUAAUAAAAUAAAAAAAUUCAUGUCAUGCAUUUUAAGAAAUGCUGGGGAAUUCUAUGAUAAUGGCAUGCUGGCCAAUUUGGCGUUCCAGUAGGCUAAGGUAUUGUAAAUUUUCUGUUAGGGAUUGAGUUAUAUGCCAAUUAUUAUACAAAGUAAAUUGACUUCAAAAAUAAAUGUAUUUAAUAAAGAUUGUUUCACGAUAUUUUGAAAACAAAACAGGGAAGACAAACAGGAGGACAUUUAAAGAAAACCUAAUUUCUAGUUUCCCCACUUAUUGUAGACCCAAUAUGCGCGGGCUUUGUUUUUCCAUGUUUAAUUUUGUUUCUUUAGGUAAAGAAUGCCUUAGCAAUCAAUUUUCUUGUCGUGACAACAGUUAUUGUAUUCCAAAUUCCUGGAAAUGUGAUAAAGCCGGUGACUGUCCUGAUUCGUCAGAUGAAGAUGAAUGUGGUAUGUUCCUUGUUAUUUUUGUGUACUCCAUCAAUUUAGAUUAGUUAAAAAUUUUCUUUCCAUGGCUUAAUUUAUAUGCUAUAUGCGCAUAUUAAGGUGCAUACUGUACAUUUAGAAACGGCAGUAAUAGAAUGGGUCAGUGACGCCGCAAUGAGUAAAAAUAUAUAGGUAACCUAGCAUCUUUCCUAAUGAUGAAUGACUAAAACGUAGUCGAGAGGUAGAAUAUUCAUAUUAAAAAAUGUUCCUUUUCGGAGUUGCCGUUGUUUUGUAUUUUGUAAAAAUACUCCGUAGUUCCCUAAUGACUUUUUGUAGUUGAGCAAUAUUGACCAUUGAGCAUUAUUGAACAAUCUUGCUAUAUUGACAUUACUCAGUCCAACGCCAGACGAUGUUACUCGUCAAUGAGGAAAUUUUAACAAAUCUCUGUGUUCAUGUUUGUUUGGUUAAUAGCAAUGUUUGAGUUUUAAUAGAUUUUACUGUUUAUUCCACUUUGCCCAAAGGCCUUGUAUCUAUGUGUGUCUGUUUCAGCAUGGACACGAAACAUGAGGAAGCAUGGAAACGAGGCAUUAGGGCAAGAAACAGUACAGUCUAUUCAGUGGCGGAAAUUCACUUUUUCCAGUGGGGAGGGGGGCAAAGCCUCCUAAAUUUCCGACAAAACUUUCAAAUUUCCGACGUACCCCCCCUUUGCACUCGAAAAGACUGUUUUUAGCCCUCUUUUAGGUCAAAAUUUCCGAAAAUUCGUCAAUUUUCCGUGAAGGUGGGGGGACGGAAGCCCCCCACCCCCACCCGACCAAGAUUUCCGCCACUGAGUCUAUUCAUAUAUUUGAUUAUCAAUUGAAAAGUGCGGAUCAAACAAGAUUCAAGUCGUCGCUAGUUUAACUUCUUAUACUUCUGGAACACAAAAGGAUGGCGAAUGAAUGGUGUAGACUACUCAAAGUGUGAAAAUAGUCAAUUUGUUUAAAUUUAAAAAACUUUCAAGGGAAGAUGUUUCUUUGUACUCAGUUACAAACAAAUCACCCCUUUUUUUGAUUUUCAAAGACACUUUGUGUGUUUGACAUUUAAUAUGUUUAUCAAAUUAUUCAUUCCAUCUUUUCCAUCUUUUUUCUAUUGAAAGUUGCGAUGAUUUCCACUCUCGUUUUACCCGGGUUAAAAUUAUUACAUCUUUAAUAUAUUAUAUAGCCACUCAAGGUUGUGGUUCGUCCUCGUUAUUCAGCUGUACAAAUAGAAAAUGUAUUUUAUCUUCCUGGACUUGUGAUGGACAGAAUGAUUGUGGAGAUAAUUCGGAUGAACGAAGUGAAAUAUGUAAGUUUCUUUUUCAAAAAAAUUGUCUAUACUGAGUUGUAUUUUAUAAUGAGUUGUAAGUUCUCGUGUCCUAUCACGUGUGCAUUGUUUCCCUUGACAAAGGUAGUGUAUAUUCAGUCGAAUUAUGCAGACAAAUCGUUUUUAUUAUUAUUAUUAUCGACUCUUGUCUUUGUUCUGACAAUUACUGAAGUUCCACUGAGAUCCUCUGAUUAGUGUUGAACUGCCCUUACUCAAUAAAGUUAAUUUAGUUUAAAAAUUCCUAACCGUGUAAUUUUAGGUCCUGACAAGCAAACCUGUGCGGAAUUCACGUGUGAUAAUGGCAAAUGUCUAUCUUCAUCUUGGGUGUGUGACAAAAUUGAUGACUGUGGAGAUAGUUCUGACGAACACAAUUGCGGUACGUAGAUGUGGAGCCAGUGCAAGCAGGGCCGUUGCUAGGACUUUGCCUUUGGGGGGAUGUGAGGUUAUAUAGAUUUACCUGACGUCUUUACCUGAAUUUUUUGAAAAUUUGAAGUCUCUAGACCGUCGGAAAUGGCAUUUUUAGAGUCAAUAUUUCAAUAUUUUAGUAUUGCCUAACAAUGAAGAUAAGUAUUAUUACUUAGUACAGUUUAAUGUGACUAUGAAAAUUGAGAAAAGUUUCGAAAUUUGGAGUCUCUAGAUCGUCAGAAAGGGUAUCUGGCAAUUGUCCCCCCUGCCAUGAUGCCUCCGGUCAACGUCUUUAGUUGGUCGAUUGUUAAUUCUGAUUCAGAGCAUGGAGUUCACUUUUUUAUGCCCUGAGAAUUACCUGAAUUUACCUGAAAAUCUACUGGAAAUCUACCUGAAAUAGCUCGUGAGCAAUUAUCAGGGGGGUGUUGCACACACACCCACACUCCCCCCGGUCGCUACGACCCUGAGUGCAAGCUUGAAUAUUCGUUGUAGUUCUAGACUUCGGAAUAUUGAGUAAUAAUGAAUAAGUACUAUUUUCAACAUGAGCGGUUUUGUUGCGUCCGAUACAAAUGCACGGGCUUGGGAAACGUCUUGAUGAGAACCGCUGCAUUCGUAUUUUUCAACAAUUUAAAGUAAACGAAUGAUAUUUGGUGAGAAAAUUAAAGUUUAUGUAAAUCAUGAUGGUGGUGUAUCAGAUAAACAAACUCCUCCACCGUCAUGAUUUCUUUUGUGGUUUCUUCAUGAAUUAUUAAUGAGUUUAACAAAUUUUCUUACUUGCUAUUAAUAUUAUAAUUAGUAUUUUUGCACAAGUGAACAUAACAAAUCCUACACGUUGAUUGGUCAAAUUUGACGUAUUAAGCUGUUAUAUUCACCUAUAGGUGAAUAUAACAAAACCGAAAUUUUCAAAAUGGCGGCUAGCCGUUUUGGGGAAGUAUUUACUGAUGAAGAAAUAAGCGAAAUUAAAAUAAAUUCAGUCCCAAAAACACAAAAGACUUGUGUAAAUUAAAUAUUCAGGCUCGGUGAUUAUCGGGGAAUAUUCACCUCAACUUCGUCUCGGCGAAUAUUUAUCACUUAUUUUUCACCCUGCUCGGUUUCCUUUGUUCUUAUCGGGGAAUAUAUUCAAUAUUCCCCUCUAAUCAAUUUCCGUUUAAUAAUCCCUCUAAUAUUCACCUGCAAUUAAUAAUCUCCUCUAUUAGAGGGAGAAUAUUAAAUAUUCACCUGCAAUGUCUCUGCAGCACAAAAAAUGAGAAAAAAACAACAUAACGAAGGCAAUAUGGCAUUAAGAAUUAUUUCUAUUCUGACUCAUUAACGCGACCUCGCAGUGUGAAAAAUAAGUACGUUAUUUUGAGGCACCUCGGGGAUAUGUGUUUAUUCACCUCGGCGCUACGCGCCUCGGUGAAUAAAUCACAUAUCCCCUUGUUGCCUCAAAAUAACCUAUACUUAUUUACUGAGACCGAGGGAAACUGUGUGUUUUGUGGGUCGAGGGUCCACAAAACACACUGCUUUCCCGAGGUCUCGGUAAAUAAGUGUUUUAUUAUAUAUCAAUAGUCAAAGAAACAACAAAUUAAAGAACAAAUGAACGUCAAUAACAGUGCUUCCAUUUUCAAAAUCAAAAUUUCUCAUUUUUGUCAUCAAAAUUUCUCUAAAUUCCUUAGAUUGUAUACGUUAUUUCCUUGAAAAUUCCUUGAAAUUUCAUUAGGCGGUUUGCAGACCUUUGCAGUGCUUUUGUAGCAAUACAAAGGAUUUAAUCAAUUUUAAAGGCACAAAAUAGCACAAUUAACAAAGAUAAUUGCUAGCUAAAAAACCACAGGCUAUUAUACUGUUUAAAAUUAAAUAUUUGUUCAGUGAGUUUACAACAUAUACCUUUCCAUUGAUAUAAAUAAUUAAUUCACAGCGUUUGGCGCCAAAAGAUACCAAAUCCUGUCGCUCAAAAACUUUCGGAAGUUUUCGGAAACACGAGGAAAAAGUUAAAACCAGAUUUUUAAUUGAACAUAAUUGAUAAUUCACUCACAAAUUCAAGAAAUAGCGAAACAUUCUUCUGCACUAAUGCACUUGGAUGAAUAUUUAAGUUGUUGGGAAAAAAUCCUUAGAUUUCCUUAGAUUUUUUCUCUUCCUUAGAUUUUCCUUUUCGACACUAGAAUUUCCUUAGAAAAGGAAAUUUCCUUGAAAAUGGAAGCACUGGUCAAUAAAUGAAAUACUUUAUUGUUAAGUAACUUAAAGCGAAAGUUUAAAUUUCUAGGCAUGUCCAAAGGUCGCAUCUUCACGUGAUGACGCACGUGAUUUUUUUUCGUUAUUCGCCGGUCGAUAACGUAUUGUUUCCCUCUCGCGCUGUUGCGAGGGAGACAGUCUAAUUUCGUCACUCUCACGUGAUAUGCUCUCGACCAAUAAAACACUAGAAAAAUGCGACUUUGACUAUUGGUAUAUAAUAAUCCCCUAUAUAAUCACCUCGCCUUCGGCGAAUAAUUGUUAAAUAUUCUUAGAACUAAAUGGUCCUUUGCAUAACACUUAGCAUAACAAUAUAAGCAUCAAAUCGCGUUCCAGUGAUCGGGAUUUUCCAUUGUCUUUUCAUUGUUUUGGAAAUCCCAUUGUUCUUCAUGCUAUCCAGGACAUCCAGUUACUCUUGUUUUGACUUAUAUUAGCUUUUAUACAAAGGCUACGGUGUCAGGAUAUAUAACUACCUGAAAAUAUAUAAGCAAGUUAGUAUAGGCUACUAACUUCCCGACGAAGGGCUCGAAAUGUCAAAGGUUUGCUCAUAUUUAUCUACCCACUUAUCAAUCUAUCGAACUUACGGUAAAAUUCGAAAAACCAAAGUGCAACAAAAUAAGUUAUACAUCCAUGAAUACCGUGGCAUGGUACAUUUCUUUAAAGCAAUUCAUGACCUUAUUAGCUCGUCCUUUGCCUUGCGUACGAAAAUAAUACAAAAAAGUACAGCACAAAGAUUGUUUUGGAUGAGAGCUAUCAGGACGUGGAAUACUUUGACAGACACAAUAGACUUAAGUACGGAGAACUUGCCGUCUCUAUCUACACUAGCACCGACCGUUCGAGAUUUAUGCAAAGGGCAUAUCAUUCAUAACCGCCAGAUAUCUGUACAUAACCAAGUGCUUUGUUUCUUAGAUGAAACUGCUACAGUUGCUACUACUGUUCCUUCCACUGCUGCUCCUACCAGUGCAAGGCGAACAACACAAGAAAAAACUACAGCGAAUGCUUCUAGAUGUGGGGCUAGUGAAUUUGAAUGUCGUGGUAAAAGUAGCUGUAUACCAACAGGAUGGAAAUGUGACGGAGUUGCUGAUUGUGAGGAUGGAACGGAUGAAGAAGAUUGCGGUAAGAGUUGUGUAUAUAUAAAUUUAGGGGGAAGGAGAGACCGGUCCUCUUUAAUAACAAUUUGGGGGAGUGUGGGCUCUCUUCAUAUCAGGAACUGAUGAAAAAUACUUUGGAAGGAAUUGUUAGAAAUGUAUGUGGGAGAGGAUAUUGGGAAGUUCUCUUCCAAAGAAUGUGGGGGGGGGGGGCAGAUCUGAUACUCUUUAAAGCAGGAAAGGAUGAAGACGACUGUGGUAAGGAUUGUGUAUACACCACAUGCAAGGAGGGAUGUGGAGGAGUAGAGGGGGAAAGCGUUGCCUUGUAAAGUGCCAUGGUAAUUUGGAAAGAGGGUGGGCUCUCUUGAUAUCAGGAACUGAUGAAGAAGUUUGUGGCAAGAAUUCUUGAUACAGAGAUGUUGGGAGGGUGAAAAGACGGGGGUCUUCUUGUGAACGUUUCAUGACAAUUUUUGGGGAAGGUGAGCCCUACUCAUGUUAGGAACUGAAAAAGAAGACUUUAAUAAGAAUGGUUACCUGUACUCUAGGGAUCAGGGAUGUGGGGGAAGACAUCCCCUUGCUGACGUGUCAUGGAGCCUUUUCCCACUUUUCACCGUCCAUUGUUACUUAGGGUAACAAGACAACAUCCAUUCCCUUCAUGUAUAGUUCCUUGUAAACAGUCACCGAUACAUGGGCGGAUUUACUGGGGGGUUGGGUGCUAAACUCCAGUAGAAUCUCUCAACCCCACCAAAAUUCCGCUUCACCCCUCCUAUUUUGUGUGAAAGUCUUUAAUCCUAACCCCUGCCGAAGCUCGCUCAGUGGUGCCGUUUGCACCCCGCUAAAAAUUGUUCCACCCCUCUUUUAAAAAAAUUAAAAUCCGCCCAUGCACCGAUAGAAUUAAGUUCCUGUCCUAGACAGAAAUGUGCCAACUUUUAAAUCUUUUAUAUUAGUUUUUGUGGAGAUGUUUGUAUGAAAUGGAUCCUAAAGAACAAUGCUUUUCAUAUUGCAGGUUUUACUAGCACUAAACGACCAGUCCCUGUUACAUCUGGAUGCUCAACGACGGAAUUUUAUUGCGAUAAUAAAUGUAUUCCAGGAGUAUGGAAAUGUGAUAACUUUGACGACUGUAAUGACAAAACAGAUGAACAAUUCUGUGGUAAGAUUAUUCUCAGUCAUAGAAAUGCGCAUAAAUAUAGAUAA